AUGCCUACUGUCAGAACAUUAUUGGCUUUGGCUUCUGUUAAAAACUGGGAUAUUCAUCAAUUGGAUAUUAAUAAUGCAUUUCUGCAUGGUGAUUUACCAGAAGAGGUAUACAUGGAUUUACCUAAAGGACACCCUUUGUAUGGGACACCUGGUUUAGUCUGCAGACUUCUCAAAUCCAUUUAUGGUCUCAAACAAGCCUCAAGGCAAUGGUUUGAGAAAUUGGUUUCUGUUUUACUGGAUUUUGGUUUUCAGCAGACCAUUGCUGAUUAUUCCCUCUUCAUCUUGUCUAAAGGUGCUUCUUUUACUAUUGCUUUGGUAUAUGUGGAUGAUAUCCUUUUAACAGGCAAUGAUACAGAUGUAAUUCUUGAGUUUAAAAAGGUUCUGCAUUCAGCUUUCACUAUUAAAGAUCUUGGCCUAGCCAAAUACUAUUUAGGCUUGGAAAUACAUAGGAUUCCUGAAGGAAUUUUUCUACACCAGCACAAGUUUGUUCAUGAUCUACUUGUUGAAGCUGGUCUCCUUGAUUGCAAACCACUUUCUCUUCCUGUUGAUAUUAAUAUCAAGCUUUCUGACAAGGAAGGGACACUGCUUGAGAAUCCAACUUUAUAUAGAAAAUUUGUUGGAAAACUUCUUUACUUAACUGUUUCUAGACCAGACAUUGCUUAUGUGGUACAUGUUCUAAGUCAGUUUGUCCAUGCUCCUAGAGUUCCUCAUUUGUCUGCAGUACAAAGGGUGCUCAGAUACCUUAAAGGAACAUCUUAUCAGGGUAUAUUUUAUCCUGCAAAUUCUUCUCUCCAAUUGGAAGCCUUCUGUGAUAGUGAUUGGGGAUCUUGUAUGGAUACCUCCAGAAGUACUACUGGCAUGUGCUUGUUGCUUGGUUCUUCUCUCAUCAACUGGUUUUCUAGAAAACAGUCUGUAGUUUCUAAAUCUACAGCAGAAGCUGAAUUAAGGGCACUUGCAGACACUGCUUGUGAGCUCUCUUGGAUGACACUGUUAUUGUCAGAACUUCAGGUUCCUCAAACUCCUCCUAUCACCAUCCAUUGUGACAAUCAAGCAGCACUUGAUAUUGCUGCUGAUCCUGUCUUCCACACCAAGACAAAACACUUUGCGAUUGAUUGUCAUUUUGUCAGGGAACAAGUGCAGUCUCACAAGAUCAAUCCAAUUUAUGUUCCCAGUGCCUCUCAGUUAGCAGACAUUCUUACUAAAGGCCUUUCUCGACCUGCUCAUUGGCGUCUCCUUUCCAGAUUGAAUGUUAAGCAAGCACAUUCAUUCUGA